GCUUCUUGGAUUCUCCACCAAUCACUCCUUACAUUUCUACACUAUCUUCUUUUUCUUAUAUUUUCUCACAUUUUCCCACCUUUUCUCUUCUUUCCUUCUCCUUUCUUUUCUUUCUUAGCAAAUUCUUGGCUUAGCUUUCUGUUCAAGAAUCAAGUAUUUUCUUCCCCAAGAAUCUCUCUUUUUGGCCUCUACUUUCCUGGAAUAUUUGUUUGCAUUUCAGAAAAUUUUCUCAUGGUCGUUUCAUUUUCAUGGCGGCCAUGCUUUGAAUCUCCCUGAGAAGAAAGGCACUGCAGUAGGCGAGAAAAUUAACGAAGUGGGUAGCUGUUAAAAGUAGGGAAAAAUUAAGGGAUUAAUUGUUAAGGAAGAUGAAGAUUCAGUGUGAUGUGUGCGAGAAAGCUCCAGCAACUGUGAUUUGUUGUGCAGAUGAAGCAGCACUUUGUGGGAGAUGUGACGUAGAAGUGCAUGCUGCUAACAAGCUUGCAAGUAAGCAUCAGAGGCUUCUUCUUCAAUGCCUCUCUAGCAAGCUGCCUCGUUGUGAUAUUUGCCAAGAAAAGGCAGCUUUCAUUUUCUGUGUUGAAGACAGAGCACUUUUCUGCCAGGAUUGUGAUGAACCAAUCCAUUCAGCCGGUAGCCUCUCUGCAAAUCAUCAGCGGUUUCUGGCCACCGGAAUACAAGUGGCUUUAGGAUCUAGCUGCACCAAGGAUACUAAGGAGAAUUGUUUAGAGCCACCUAAUCAGAGUGCGCAACAAACUUCUAUGAAAUUGCCUGCACAGCAAUCACCAAGCUUCAACUCUUCAUGGGCAGUCGACGAUUUCAUGCAAUUCUCAGAGUUUGAAUCAUCCACUGACAAGAAAGAGCAGCUUGAAUUUGGAGAGUUUCAGUGGCUAGCUGAUGUGGGAUUAUUUGGUGAGGAGGCAUUAGCAGCAGCUGAAGUUCCUGAAUUAACAGUUCCACCAUCAGUGAAUGUGAGUUCAUGCAGACCCACCAAAUCCAACAUGCCUAAUAAGAAGCCUAGGAUUAGGAUUUGUGAUGAAGAUGAUGAGUACUUCACAGUACCUGAUCUUGGCUGAACUCUGCUCAUAAACUCUAUGGCUUCAUCUUAUAAACUACGCAUACGUGAAAUGUACGUAUCUGUAUACGUAUUUUGUUAUUAUGUUAAGAGAAACAUAAAGUUUAGAUUAGGGAAUUUAUUGUAUCAGCCACUGCUUUAGGGUGUAACUUUCAAGCCAUUCACUUUGAUGGCAGUGAUUAUGAUAUAGUGGAUCAGACGAUCAGUGGCUUUUUGUUGCUUAUUUAUGUUUAGGGAUUAUAUUUAGCUUGUUUGGAUUGUUUUCUUCUGGACAACUGGCUUGAUUUUGUGACCAAUUAAAUUAAUUUAUAACAUUUGCUCGCAUUUCAUCGGUUCAA